UGUACCAACACUCGCUGUCUUCGGAGCAUCUGCCCCCCUUCCUUCUUUCACAUAGUGGUACGAUCCUAGUCCGAUGUGUCGUUUGUGAACGAGCCGGCAUUAUGAGCAAAUGUUCUGUGCGCCCAUAUAAAUAAAGUCCCGUCCCAGCCGAAUGGAUUUUCAGCAGAGCUGAGCAGGAGCGGCUGAAGCAUCGGCUCCUCUCGUUCGCUUCAAAGCAUCGGUUCUUAGAGCCGGCUCGUUCGCGAACGACACAUCACUAGUAGGUGGUGGGGCAAAACAAUUAAAGCAAAACUUUUACAGAGUACAAGGAAACUGACGGCUUUACUCAAAGCGUUCCAAGGUGAUGGAUGUCGAAAAGUACCUGCGUCGGAUUCAGUUCCCUGGUUAUCCGGAGGGCACGCUUGAAGACUUACAAAAACUCAGUCGCCAGCAUCUCUUUACUGUUCCCUUUGAGGAUCUGACAAUCCAUUCAGGGGGAAGAAUUCACUUGGAUUUGGGUUGGGUUUAUGAUAAGAUUGUCGUUCAGCACAGGGGAGGGUUCUGCUAUGAGAACAAUAGCCUUUUUGGAUGGCUGUUGUCCCAGCUUGGAUUUAACGUCACCCACCUGGCUGCCCAGGUAAAGAACAGCAUCACUAAACGCUUUGGACCUCCUUUUGACCACCUCGUUACGAUGGUCAACCUUGGGGGACACCGGUGGCUGUGUGAUGUGGGCUUUGGGGCAUGCUUCCAGUCUCCACUCUCCUUAGAGACCGAAUCUAACCAGACUCAGCCCAAUGGAGUUUACAGGGUUAAACAAGAAGGAGAGGUCUUGAUCGUCGAAAGAAUGCAGGAUGAAGAGUGCAAAGACGCUGGUGGCCACAGCACUGCAGCCAAUAAGGAGGCCAUCACUACAGUCCACAGCCGGAGUGAAUGGGAGCAGCUCUACAAGUUCACACUGACGCCACGAUCCGUAGAGGAAUUUUCUGAGAUGUGUGUCUAUCACCAGACCUCCCCCAGCUCACUCUUCUACUGCAAGUCCCUUUGUUGCCUUCACCUUCCCAAUGGAGUCCUUUCUUACGUGGGCCGCAGGUUCAAACAUGUGGUUUAUCCAAGUCCAGGGUGCUGGGUAGAGAAGGAGAAGCUUAAUGGCCUGUCAGACGAAGAGAUUCGGAAACUGUUAGAGGAGCGAUUUAAUAUAGUGCUACACUGUCCUCUCAUUCCAAAAGAUGAGCAAAUUACUCCACCACCUCUAAUUUAUUGAGCCUGUCUGUUCAUACAGAUUUGACACAGCUAAAGAGUUGAUCUUUAAAACAUAUACGUAUUUUUUUAGUUCACAUUGGACAAGUGCAUCUGGUAAAGAAAGCUGGGCAUUGCACAAUUUAAUAAAAUAGAUUGAUUUGUAACAUGAUUCCUAAUCAUGGUGACUAUAAAGGCACUAUACUAUAUAAAUAGUUCGCUUUAUGCUAAAGAAUGUAUAAAAUGGGUAAGAAACUGUGGGUUGUGUUGCCACCUGACAGGUCCAGGAAAACGGCUUUCGAGUCUCGACACACGAAAUACAAUCUGUAACACGUAAGGCCCUUAGUCUGUCACUAGUCAGUCACUAGAAUUCUGUGACCUUUCGCACUAACAUCCCCAUUAAAAAAGAAGAAACCUUUCGUCACGGCCGUCAAAAGACGCAGAGACUGGCAAGGUCUCAAUGUCGCCUCCAACACUCUGUCCUUCACGGGUGGCAUUGGAGAUUGUGAAGGGCACUCCGGCUCGACGUAACCGGUCAGCGACAUCUGCUUCGUGCGCCACUUGAGACCUCGGUGUACGCAAGCAUAGCAGAGGUGAGUUGACGUUUAACCUUGAGGAUGCGAUCGAUGGUGAGACUGGCAGCCUCGAGGUCUCUGGACAGCUGGUUGAUUCAUUAACGUCAAACUCGCAGCUGACUUUCUGGCAUGAAGUUUAUCGAACACCUUUAUUUUUUUCCACUGAUUUUGCACUGUGAGAUAUCCCGGCCAAUACCCCCACGCUGCUAGAUG